GCAGCCGAGGAGCAUGAGUUUCUUUUUCUGCUGCUCGGAUCUAGUGUUUGGCGCAGACGGAUAAGCAGCGCCAAACAUGCCGGUGGCCCGGAGCUGGGUUUGUCGCAAAACCUACGUGACCCCGCGCAGACCCUUUGAAAAAUCCCGCCUCGACCAAGAACUGAAGCUGAUCGGCGAAUAUGGGCUCCGGAACAAACGUGAGGUCUGGAGGGUCAAGUUUACCUUGGCCAAAAUCCGCAAGGCCGCCCGGGAGCUGCUGACGCUGGACGAGAAGGACCCGCGGCGUCUGUUUGAAGGUAAUGCCUUGCUGCGGCGACUUGUCCGCAUUGGGGUGCUGGACGAGGGCAAGAUGAAGCUGGAUUACAUCCUGGGCCUGAAGAUAGAGGACUUCUUGGAGAGGCGCCUGCAGACCCAGGUCUUCAAGCUGGGCCUGGCCAAGUCCAUACACCAUGCCCGCGUGCUCAUCCGCCAGCGCCAUAUCAGGGUCCGCAAGCAGGUGGUGAAUAUCCCAUCCUUCAUUGUCCGCCUGGAUUCCCAGAAGCACAUUGACUUCUCCCUCCGCUCUCCUUACGGGGGAGGCCGUCCUGGCCGUGUGAAGAGGAAGAACGCCAAGAAGGGCCAGGGUGGGGCUGGAGCCGGAGAUGACGAGGAGGAGGAUUAAGCCCACCCAUCACCUCCUGGGUUGGAGGAUUGUCUAGUUUUCCAGUCAGAUUAUAAAACAAAGUUGACACUUUGGAGUUA